AUGGAAAAGGCAGUUAGGGCCCUGUCUUUCACACUGUCUGUCCGGCUCCUGUCUGUCCCCAGCCUUCUAUGUCUCCUGUUCCUGCUGUGCUGUGUACCUGUGGGGAGACCCUGUCUGCAGUGUGACCGCAGGGUCAGGCUCCUCCAUGAAGACUACCUAUUGGCUGCUGCCUCUGCCACCAUAGAGGACCAGAUAGAACUGAAGAAGAUUCUAGACUACGCCUACGUCACCUACACAACCACCAGCAACCAGUAUAGUGGAGUUAUUGGUAGGUGGUUGUUACUUACGAGCCAAGCGCACUACCAACUGUGCCGUAAAGGUCCAGACCUCUUAGUAGGCGUUACAGAGCACGUUAAUACGUGUGUGUGGUGUGUACGGUGCGCGUGUGGUGUGUGUGUGUGUGUGCCCCCAGACCCGACCACCCUCUACAGGGCCAGUACAGAAUACCAGAGUGAGUUUGACCGUUUCCAGGGAAGCCAACUCACAGGGCCUCUGACGUUUGAGGCCAUUCAAAUUCUGGAGAAAGGCAGGAAAAUUCUAGAGAAACACCUGCAGACUUUUGUCCAGAAAGGUCUCUGCCCAAACAAAUGUGGGUUGCUGUAUCAGAGAGUAAUGAACUGCCUUUCCUGUCAGUACAAGCUGCACACCUGCCCCUCUACCACUCAGGACUGCGGGGAGUAUCCAGUGCAGGCAGCAGAGGGGGGACAGGCAGUGUUGGACUGUUUCCUCCCCUGGCAUAGUCUAGUGGUGGGCCGGCCAGAUUAUCACUACACCUGGGCUCCAGGGACGCAAAGGACUCUGACAGAGGGUGAUUUCAGAGUGCUGGUGGUUACUGAGGAUUCCUCUGUGGUGCUGAACCAGCUGCAUGUCGAUGAGGAGGGCAUGUACCGUUGCCUCCUAACGGAUGGCAAAGGAACUGUCCUUUCACGCACACACUUCCUGCUCACUGUCACCCCGUCACCUGUCUCGACUCCCAGAUCUCUCCUCACCCUGCCCUCCCUCCCUCCUAGUUAUGAUGCCUCCCCCAUUUCUCACCCUCCCACUGACCUCCUGCUGGUCAUCAUCAUCAUGAUUACUGCCCUGAGUCUGACGGCCAGCCUAGCCCUUGCUAUUGCUUUUGGGUGAGAGAGGGA